AUGACGGAUGAUGCGUAUAGGGCCACUCAGUCGCAGAUAUACAGUUUGCAAGAGACGCUGCUGGACUCAAACAAGAGUGCUAAGGCCGAUGUGAAGGACAAGGACAAGGAUAAGGAUAAAGAUAAAGAUAAAGAUAAGGAGAAGAAGAAAGAGAAGAAAGUGAAGAGCAGCAAGAAGAGGAAGACAGAUGAGGAUAGGCCGUCCAAGAGGCAUUCUAAGAAGGUCGAGGAAGUGUUACAGGUCGUGUCGAACACGGUAAUACCGACUGAGGCGCCGCGGUAUCUUGGUACUUUACAAUACAAUUAUGCGAAAGAGGGUGUGCUUAACGCUGUUAACGUGGUGGAUAGAAAGGAUAGAACUACUGUACCGUUUCCGUAUGAUUUAGAGAGACGCGUGCUACCCGUACCGUUUCUGCCCGAAUUUCCAGAAGAGAGCGCAAACUCCAUAAUUACCAUAUCAAUCAAGUAUGAAGACCUUAUGAAGAGCUUCAACGACUCAGGAGAGUGCCCGCGUACAUUUAAUAACGAAAUAUGGGGGUGCGACGUAUACACGGAUGAUACCGAUCCAAUUCUAGCGUUGAGACACUGCGGGUUCACGUGUCUUGACCCACCUCCAUUAACACCAACACAUUUCAAAGGUAAAGCAAGUCACAAGCCAAGCACACCAGCCCCAUUGAGACGCACACCAGUAAAUCAAACCAACAAAGAUAACGUUGUCGGAGAGAUACCCAAGGAUGAGCACGGCCUAAAGCCAUUCGAUCUUGAUGUGGACAUAUUGCUACUUCCGAGAUUACAACAGUACUUCUCUGUUAAAAGAUAUGGGAUAACCUCCCGACACUGGGGUAAAUUGACCACUCCGUUGAAAGUAGAUGCGUAUACAGUACAUUUGCGUAUGAGUAUGCACGUCAGUCUCGAAGAAAAUAUCUACCCAAUUGAAACUAUGGCACACGACGGUUUGAGCUACGGUAUUCACAAAAUUGUAAUAAAACCAAGAACUGCCAAUGCAGUCGAAUGGUAA